AGACAUUCCCACCAGAUUAUUACUUAACAAACUCUCUUUACCAUUGUCAAAAUUAAUAAUGUCAAAUUUAAUUUUAUUUGAAUUAAUGACUUACUGCAAAUUUUUUUCAAAAAUGCUUUUUUACUGAUUACAAUUUUAAAUCACAGACUAUGGGUAACAUUCUUUUUCCUUGUGGAUCUGCUAAUAAUAAGAAAAAGCCGGAUGGUAUCAUAAAUAUAUCACAAAGUUGCAUAGAAAGACUCACCAAAGAAGAAAAAGAAUCUGGAAUAAAAUAUCCUGGAGAAGAACUAAAUAUACCAGUUGACCUUACUGAAAAAGAAUGGAUCUUAAAAUUAAAAUGUUUAGAUGAUGCCCACUCUGCUGAAUAUGGUUUAACUUCUCAAGCAUUUUACAAAUUAGCUGAUGAGGUUGAAAGCAAAAUUGAACCAAUUAGGCCUAACAUUUGCAAUCCUCAAGAUGUCAUUAAUUGCCUGAACAAACAUGGAUGUUGUUCAAUUAAAUGUAAAUCACAAAUGGACAAAUAUAUUGACUGUAUUGAUACUUUUAGAAUUAACAUCAUAAAGGACAAAAUAGCAGCAGAACAGAAGGAACUAAGAAGAGAGGAACAGGAAAUUGUGGAACAGUUUUUAAAGACUGAUGAAGAUAAUACCAAUACUAUUCCUUGUUAAUAAAAAAUGUAUAAUACAAUUCAAAAUAUACACAACAAAAUAUUAACUUAUAUUAUAAAUGCUUUUAACACCAAUAAAACUCUACCUCUUC